AUUGUCAUACCAUUUGUCUGUUAUCUAUACCUCGUGCCCGCUGUACCCCCGGAUCCCGGGAACCAGAUCCAGGAGCUGAAGCAAUCGCAGGUGCCGUCGACGGGUCAGUUGCAGUCGGCGCUCAUCGAUCCGGCAGUGAAUCUGAUGUUCGAUAAGAUGAAGCGAGAAGUGGACACAUCCCGGGCCAGAGUCGAGGAAAUGCAGAAUGAGUUGAACGCAUGGAAGUUCACGCCCGACAGCACAACCGGUAAGCGACUGAUGGCUAAGUGUCGGCUCUUAUAUCAGGAGAACGAGGAGUUGGGACGACUCAUAGCCAGCGGACGGAUAGCCAAACUGGAGGGCGAACUCGCGCUUCAGAAAAGCUUCUCCGAAGAGCUCAAGAAGAGCCAAUCGGAAAUGGAUGAAUUCCUGUUGGAGUUGGACGAGGAGGUGGAAGGCAUGCAAAACACCAUUUAUUAUCUCCAGCAACAGCUCAAGGAGGCGAAGGACAAGCUGUCGAAAUACGAGUCGACCGGCGCUGACGUGGUUAUGGUCGCUGUGGACGGCGAUGACGCCGGCGCUGCCGACUAUCAGCCAAACUCUGUGGCAUUCGGUGUUAAUUAAUGUGAGAUUUUGUUUGUUUUUUGUUUGUUUUCCGAUUCGCAAUAUUCACUACAAAACUAUAAAUGACUUAAAAACCCUUUGGACACGAAAAAAGGCAAAAAUCAACUGAAAUUGUGUAUAAAAAACAAUACGUUUUUUAAUUAAUUAAUUAAAAAGUCAUGUUUUCAUUUGUAUAUAAUAUAUAA